AAAUAAAUAAUAUGAGAAUCACCAAAAAGGAAAGGUCUCUUGCCACUUGGGAUGUGGCAGCUGUAGGACUACACCUGGGGCCAGCCACUGGGAGCUUGCAGCUGUCUUUCUCUUUCCUCAUUUCUCUUUUCUGAAAGCGCAGCCCUGCUCCAGACCCUUGCCAGUGGAACUGAUAUCUGUGCCACUCUUGGGGCCUCACUAUCAGGCACUGCCUGGCACAGAGCAUUGUUUUGUGUUCUGUUGUAUUGGCUGAGUAGCAGCUGGCAUCAUAGGGGAAGUCCCUGACCAAGCCCAAAGGGUAGGCGGAGGGAACGUUCCAGGGUUCUGGGCCUGCCCUUGCUGCAAACUGAAGGGAAUGAGGCCGAGCCAAGAGCAAGAGUUGGGUGCAGAGUUUGUUCAUCUUGCAAGACCAAUGCAGAAAAUCUGGGAAGAACCCUGCUGCCCGACAGCUUGGCUAAAUCCUGAGAGUUGGAGAUCUGUCCCCUCAGGUGUGCUGGCGCUGUGGGCCCUGGUGACGCACGUGAUGUACAUGCAGGAUUACUGGAGGACCUGGCUCAAGGGGCUGCGUGGCUUCUUCUUCGUGGGCGUGCUCUUCUCAGCCGUGUCCAUCGCUGCCUUCUGCACCUUCCUCACAUUGGCCAUCACCCAGCACCAGAGCUUCACAGACCCCACCAGCUACUACCUGUCCUGUGUCUGGAGCUUCAUUUCCUUCAAGUGGGCCUUCCUGCUCAGCCUCUAUGCCCACCGCUACCGGGCGGACUUUGCCGACAUCAGCAUCCUGAGUGACUUCUGACCCAGGGAGUAAGGUCACUGUGGCCUGGGGUCCUCAGGACCUGAACUUAGCCUCUGAGACAUGCCAUGGGCCUGCUCCCAGCCCCUGGAGACCCCAGAACUGUGGGAAGAAAAUACACAGCUGGACAGGUGUGGUUUCCCAGGAAUCUGUCUGAUCCCCUUUCGGGUGCAGUGGAAACGGUGUCCAUCUGUGUUGCCCAUCGGCCUGGCUGGAGGGCAGCUUCAGCCCUUUCCACACUGAUCUAUUUUCUUAGCACUCAGUGAGAAAUCUUUGUAAGUAGGGCCUGGGCAACAAAGUCAGGGGGUUCAGGGGUCUGGUGGUGAGGCCUUGAUCUGUGCAGGAGCGGGUGGUCUGCGCCCUGCUGCCCAGGCUCUUGCUGAGGCUGGGCUGGGAAGCUGGGCACUCAGGUCAAAUGAGAAAUCUUUGCUAGAGACCCUCCACCCCAAGUCCUCAGCACCCCCAACCUGUUGUCUCUGGGGCGGGUCCGGUUUAGGUGUCAUCAGUCUUAGGUGACAUUCCCCAAGGCCUGGGGGCUGAGUGGACAGUUCAGCACCCCUGCCCCCACCCUUCUACCAGAGCUGGUCUCCCAUGAGUGUGUUCCAGCCAGCUGCCAUUCCUCUGUCACACACAUCUACACAGUCCAGAGCAGGGUUCUGCAAAUGAGGAAACGAAGGGCCGUGUGCCUCUGCCCCACCAAAGGAGCCCUAUGGGUACUCUUUCCCUGUCAGCCCUGCACCUCUUCACUGUCCCUGGCAUCCUGCUCCCACCCUACUCACUGCCCUCUUCUAACUGCCCACAUGCUGGCCUGCAGGCUCACCUCGCUCGGAGGAAGGGCUCCCCGUACAUGUAUCUUUACAUGUAUGUUAGGUUGCAUUCUGCACAUUUACUCCUUUUCCACCCAGUUCUCUGCCUUAUUUGUGUCACUGUCACUUUAGCAGAAAUACAGCAGUCAUUUAUAUCUGACCGCCUCUGGUUGUUUCCUGUGGGUGGGCAUUUUGGCAGUGGGGUCAGGGGUGUGGUGGGAGUGAUGGGUGGGGAGAGAUGGUGGCAUAGUUCUCUAGCAACCUGAGAAAACUGUUCUCCAAAGCUUUGUUCUGGGGGGCAGGGGCAGGGGCAGCGUCUCCAGCUUGGGGGAUCUAUGACUCUCACCUUCUAGGCAUAGGAGAACCACAGCUCAGCUGUCCUAGCACCCCUCCACCCCAGCCAGGCAAGGAUGCCCAAGGUGCAGCCUCUGCCGGCCCUGCAGAGUUGCUCUCCACCUGCAAGAAUGAGGCCGAUGGGAAAGGGCCGAGCUUGUCUUCCCUCCACUCUUACCAGGCUGCUCUGGGCUUGGGGCCAGAAGGGCAGGUGCUGGUAGUGCCGGGGCCUCCCUCUGGUAACCCAGCAUGGGCUUGUCCUGGCUUGUUGCCUCUCCCAUUCUUUCAUCCUAGCUCAGUGUAUGCUUAAGAAGCCUCAGUGUAUUCAAGCAGGAAGGAGCCAGAAACAAUAUCUAAUUCUGGCACUUUUUACUGAUAAACAGAAGCUCCGGGAGGUGUCGGACUUAGCUGAGCUCCCAGCUGGGAUUUAAACUCAGGUGUGUCUGCUUCAUGAGCCUUUGGGAGACAGACCUUGGCAAGCUGCAUCAGACCUAUGUCCCAGCAGGGCCCGCCUUCUGUGGGUUCACCCCAGGGCUGUCCCCUCUUUCUCUCAGCAGGGUGGGACAGCAACACUGAGUUCAUAGUGGCAGCCAUGCAAGGAAGGGUAAGGGCUGGAGGGGCCCUGAGCCCUGCCAGACCCUGUUCCCCCUCAGCCCUGUGCUGUGGGCUCACCCUCUGAUAGCACACCACUCAUAUGCAGGAGGCCCUUUCCCAGACAUUAAAGCAAAUAAAACAUUUAUUAUUCA